UCAAAAAGCAAGCUUUUUGUUUUCUUUUAAUAAAUCUACACAGACUGUAAAACAGUAGAACGAUCCGAAUCGAAAACUGGAACCCCAUCUAUAAAAUGUUCCAAAUCGUUUGUUACAUUUUUCUAAUAGUCCUGCUGAAGGACUUGGACUCUUCCAAUGCCGAGCCCCAUAACAAACAACUGACCAUUUUUGUGGGAGCUGGACGACAGGAAUGUUUUUACCAGCCGAUUGCAACAACAGAGAAUAUUCGAAUCGAUUAUCAGGUGACUCACGGAGGUCUAGGCGAAACUCAUAUUAAUUUUAAUUUAAUGGAUCCGAGUCGCCGUUUGUUGAUCAAUGAAAUAAAACAGGAAAAGGGAAAGCACAACUUGGUGGCUAGUGAUACGGGAUCCUACAAGAUUUGUUUCGACAAUACCAUUAGCUCUUUUAACCAAAAGAUCGUAUCCUUCACCUUGGAAGUAACUGCUGCGGAUCGAGAGGAGCAGGAAUUGCGAGGUCUGCGCCAGGAAAUGUUAACCGACUACCAAUUCGAUGUGGCCUAUACCGGUAUCGACAAUUACAUGGGAAAGAUUCAGGUGAACCUCAUGAGAUCCCGUCAAACUCAGGACUUUCUUCGAGCGCUCGAGGCCAGAGAUCGCAAUGUGGCCGAAUCCACUUAUGCCAUGGUUAACAAUUGGUCAUGGGCUCAGUUUUUGUCAAUGAUCUUCGUUGGCCUGCUACAGGUCUUGAUGGUGAGAAGUAUUUUCCACACGAAUGGGACGUUCUACAACUUUUGGAAAUGCUUUUAGGCUGUUUUCCUAUCUGUUUAUUUGAGCUGUCAUAAAGAAAAUCUAUGGGAGCGUUAUAGAUUGGAUAGAAAAUAUUGUUUAUAGUCUGUAAAGAGUUUUUUUUUCCAAUAGCGACUCGACUAAAAUUUGAAUUAUGU